CUUCACUUUGCUCUGGUUGGCCAAACAGGAACUCAGGACCUGCAAAAUCAGAAACAUAUCUCAAAGCAGGACAGCUGUGGAUGGAUAGGAAAUGUGCAGAGAGGGGAAAUGACAUGCAGCAAAGGGCGGCAAGCUGGAAUUGGACCUCAUCCUACAUGGGCCGGAUACUCUACCAGUUUGCAUUCAACUGGAAGUCGUCCUUACAUCAAGCACUUAAACAUAAAUGGAGAACACAGUCUGUGCUGUUCAGGACUUCUCCAUUAGUCUCCAUUUAUAACUCAUCAAAAAGUAGUCUGAGAGAGUUUUUUUGCGAUCAUGGCACAUGUAGAGGAGUCUCAAACUGAAGGGGAGGGCAGCCCCCAGAUGAUCUCCUUAAGAUCAGACAUAUCAGGGAACCAUAUCGAUGAUGGAGAAGCAGGGCCCUCCAUAAGGAGGAAGAGGAGGAAGAAGAAAGACCCACGUCCAGAGUCCAUUAUUGUUUAUCGCUCUGACAUGGAGAGGGCGCCUGGAGAGGACCAAGGCAGUGAGGAGGGAGCAGAGAGGAGCAUAGAGGAGGGAGCCAAAUUCCUCUGCACACCUACAGGUGAAGGAGGUGGAUGGAGCCUUCCUCCAGACAGCCGCUACGUGACUCUGACCGGCACCAUCACCCGAGGGAAAAAGAAGGGGCAGGUGGUGGACAUUCACCUCACAUUGACAGAGAAGGAAAUCAGGGAUCUGGCGAAGUCAAAGGAACGUCUCGAUGCAGAGUGUGAGGCGGGGGAAGGCUCCAAACGCACCUGCGGCUUUGGUGUGUGCCAGGGACCCCAUGUUGUCUUGUGGAGCCUCUCAUGCGCCCCCGUGAUUUUCCUCCUGUCCUUCAUCACUUCCUUCUACUACGGCACUCUCACCUGGUACAACGUCUUCCUGGUGUACAAUGAGGAGCGGACGUUCUGGCACAAGAUUACAAUAUGCCCCUUCCUCAUCAUCUUCUACCCCAUGCUCAUCAUGCCCAUGGCGCUGUCUCUGGCUCUGUACUCAGCCGUGGUGCAGGUGUCCUGGGCCUUCAGCGAGUGGUGGCAGGCUGUGAGGGACCUGGAGAAAGGUUUCUGUGGCUGGGCCUGCGGGAAGCUGGGGCUGGAGGACUGUUCCCCCUAUAGCAUAGUGGAGCUUCUUGACUCUGACACUGUUUCUGGCACUCUGCAGAGCAAGGCACCCAGUGAACUUGCUCAGACGUCAUCAGUAUGAAGCGCGGGGACGCUGAAGUCCAAGGCACAUAUGGGUGUAAGCCUAAGUGAUAUACAACAUGCCAGAACAUUCAAACCCGUCACAAGAAAGUAUUAGACAGCUGUUUCAACUAUACUUUACUGUGAACGUAUCAAACACUGCCUAAGCUGUCCUGAAAUGCUGAACUAUUGCUACAAACUUUGUGAAGCAUUAAUGGAUCCAGAUCACCAUAAAUUAUUCCUCUGAGUGGUAAUGUUGGGUGAUUUUUUUCUAAGUUGUUAUUGUUUUUAGAGUUAUCCCACUCAAAGGUUUUUUGAUAUAUGCAGGCCUUGGUGCCUCUUGUAGUGAAGUUAGAUGAACUGACUGUGGACGCUGAUACACACAUGUUGCUGGAGGCCUGAAAGUUAAAUGGAGUUUCACUUCAUCUGUAAAUAUGUGUAAUUAAAUCUGUGUGAUCACUGAGCAGUGCACAGACAUCAGAACAGAAUGCAUUUCAAAGGCAACGCUGUCUUGUAUGUUAAGUCCUUAUAAUCACUCUGUGAAGCUGUAUUUGAAGUAAGGCUGGAUGACCAACUGGAACAACUGCCCCAAGGGCUUAAGAUGUGCAAUUGCUUUGUGUCAAUUUGAUACAUUACUGAUUUGAUUAGAAGUAUGCACUAUUGAGUACAAUGUUUCCUUAAACAAUAAGCACUGGUCAGUGUCUUGUGAAGGCGUUCUGUGUCAGUGGGUUCACUCCAUUUCAGUAAGCAGGUGCACCACUUAGAGAAUUUUUUUUAAGUUGUAAAGCAAUAUAUAUGGGUAUUUAGUCGUAUUGUGGAUUGAUUCAGGUCCAACUUUUGACUUUCGAGUGCGAAGUCUUAAAAUUCUACAUAUAUGCAUAGUGAUUGCCCUCUAAAGGUUGAAACCUGCUGUUGCAAUUGAAUUUUGCUAAUGGCUAAUCCUGGUAGCAGGAGCCUGCUUUCAUCCCAGCCGAACCCACUGUUCCAUCACCGCCCUCUA